GAUGAUGAUGACACUGAUGAUGAUGACGAUGAUGACGAUGAUGACACUGAUGAUGAUGGUGACAGUGGGUGAGCACCAGCUGACGGGCCACAAGGUCGCUGUGAAGAUUCUGAACCGUCACAAAAUCCGAAGCUUGGACGUCGUGGGGAAGAUCAAACGGGAGAUCCAGAACCUGAAGCUCUUCCGGCAUCCACACAUCAUCAAGCUCUACCAAGUGAUCAGUACUCCGACUGACUUCUUCAUGGUCAUGGAGUACGUGAGUGGGGGAGAGCUCUUUGAUUACAUCUGCAAGAAUGGCCGGCUCUCGGAGAAGGAGGCCAGACGUCUCUUCCAGCAGAUCCUCUCGGCUGUUGAUUACUGCCAUCGCCAUAUGGUGGUGCACAGAGACCUCAAGCCAGAGAAUGUCCUCCUGGACGCAAAUGGGAAUGCCAAGAUCGCUGACUUUGGACUGUCCAACAUGAUGUCCGAUGGAGAAUUUCUCCGCACGAGCUGCGGAUCUCCAAACUACGCAGCCCCUGAAGUCAUCUCUGGACGCCUGUACGCUGGCCCCGAAGUGGACAUCUGGUCUAGCGGCGUGAUCCUGUACGCGUUGCUGUGUGGAACACUGCCCUUCGAUGAUGACCACGUGCCCACGCUCUUCCGCAAGAUCCGGGAAGGGGUCUUCCACGUGCCGGACUACUUGCCCAGAGGCCUAGCGGCUCUGCUGCUGCACAUGCUACAGGUCGACCCGCUCAGACGGGCCAACAUCAAGGACAUCCGCGAGUACGAGUGGUUCAAGAAGGACCUCCCUGGGUACCUGUUCCCCGACGAUGGUUCCCACGAUGCCAAGGUCGUGGACGAUGAUGCCGUGCGCGAGGUGACGGAGAAGUUUGAGUGCUCGGAGGACGAGGUGAUGGCCAGCCUCUACGGUGGUGACCCACAGGAUCAGCUGUCCGUGGCCUACCACCUCAUCAUCGACAAUCGCCGCAUCUUGAGCCAGGCGAAGGACUUCUACCUGGCAUCGUCACCGCCCCUCUCCUCCUCCUCCUCCUCCUUCCUGGUCGAGGGCCCCGACCACGCUCGUCCUCACCCUGAGCGCAUCCUCCCCCCGCCGCCCCCAUCGCCCCCACCACCGCCCCCGGCGUCCUCCACCUCCUCCGCCACCUCCUCCACCUCCUCCACCUCCUCCUCCACCUCCUUGCCACCGCCACCGCCGCCCUCAUCAUCGGCCGCGGCCGCUGUAGCUCCGUUCGGCAGCGGCGGGGAACCUUCCGUCGGUCGUCCAUCAUCCUCAUCAUCAUCCUCAUCCUCCUCCGCAUCAGCGGCUGCAUCAGCGGCUGCAUCAGCGGCUGCAUCAGCGGCUGCAUCAGCGGCUGCAUCAGCAGCUGCAGCAGUGCCCCAGCUGCACAAGAGGCCGCUGGACGCCCUCCACGCCACGCACAGGCCCAAGCCUCAGGCCCUAAAGAAGGCCAAGUGGCACCUCGGCAUCCGAAGCCAGAGUAGGCCGCUGGACAUCAUGGCCGAGGUGUACAGGGCCAUGUGCCAGCUGGGAUACCAGUGGAAGGUAGUGAACGCGUUCCAUCUGCGUGUGCGUCACCACCACUCUGUGACGGGUAACUGGGUCAAGAUGAGUCUGCAGCUCUACAAGGUGGACGCCAGCUAUCUGCUGGACUUCAAGAGCAUAGAAGACGAUGGAGAACACCGUUCUGGCUCCUCCACCCCUCAGCGCUCCACCGCCUCCGCCUCCACCGCCUCCACCGCCUCCACCUCCACCACCGCCUCCACCGCCUCCACCUCCACCACCGCCUCCACCGCCUCCACCACAGCACCAAUCCCUGUCCCGGGGGGCGUGGCCGGGGGCGUGGCCAGUACAACAAUGGAGUUCUUUGAGAUGUGCGCGAGCCUCAUAGCCACACUGGCACGCUAG